CAUUCCUCGCAGGUCACACGCGACUCCGACCUACCUGCCCGACAACAGUGCCUUCUACUCGCCGUAGCGCCGACGGAAGAUCUAUCGGUAACACCUGGACGUUAAGCCUAACGUCGUCCGAGUAUGGGUGCCCAUAGUUUGGGAAUUCGGUGCGGGAACGCCCGCGGUUCACCUUGCUGAUUCGCGUCAUUAGCGCGGACUUUACGGACGGCACAGCUGAGAUAUUUGAUUUCUGAAGGCUCGAUAUAUUUUAAGUGUGAGAACGAUUUAACGGCGCAUCGUAUGGUGCUGCGUGACUUCACCGCUGAAAGUCGGCCGUUCCCUGUCCCCACGCUGGCUGCCCUCGUGCCCUCGUACUACCCAGGUCCACAGGCGAUGACCUCCAAAGAGGCCGAAUGCCCUCCAAUUCAGAACGAGCCCGUCGACCUGUCGGUGAACAAAAAGAACAGCAACCCAAGUUCUCCGUCCAUGUCUCCCAGGUUACUUAGCCUUUCCUUCCCAUCGCCUGCCAGCUCACCACCAUCUUCCUGCAUCGAUCUCAGGCUAUCCAACUCCAAGCAUCUCCUGCCAUCAGCUCCUGGAGAUGAUACAAGUAAUAGUGCAGACGAACAUUCCCCUUUGCCGAUGGACAUUAUUCACAGAACAGGGUCAUCGGCAUACCUUUCUCUCCAGAGGAUAAAACAAGCCUCCUUAGAAAUGUCUCAGGUUCAUCAACAGUUGCAGAAGCAUAGCGCUGCUAUGGCGUCGCCUUCCCUUCUCAAUGGGUCAUUACCGAACGGUCUGUUUACCGCUGGGCAUCGGCUGGCGUCCGCAGCAUCCGUCGUCCCUUUGAUUGGGGCGCACUCGACUGCUCUCCUCAACGGCUCCAUGAGCAUGGCUAGUGCCUCUUCGGACUUCUACUCUGAGAGCCUCAAGAGGAGAAAAGUUCAUCGUUGUGACUUCGAGGGCUGCGAAAAAGUGUACACAAAGAGCUCGCACCUAAAAGCUCAUAAAAGGACUCAUACAGGAGAGAAACCUUAUACGUGUACAUGGGAAGGCUGCACCUGGAAGUUUGCCCGAUCCGAUGAGCUGACCCGACACUACAGAAAACACACAGGCCAAAAGCCAUUCAAAUGUCAAUUGUGUCAGCGGUCGUUUUCCAGAUCAGAUCAUUUGUCUCUGCACAUGAAAAGACAUUAGCCCAGUGGCAUAGGAAUUCACAAGAAUCUACAGAUUAAAAGAAUGCGAGAAUGGAUUUACGAGAUCAGCCACUGUUGCCUUGCAGAGAGAUUUCCAGCUACAAAUGAAAUUUUGGUCUUGUGCAUUGAUGUUAUUGAAAAAUACCGACUUAAGUUAUAAAGCUUUCGAUUCUGGGACUGCACAAUGGUAUAUUUAUACUUCAUCGGAGAGUUUUCCGAUCUUCUGACAUUUUAAAGUGUAUAUAUGAUUAGAGAGACUAGUAUAUUUUGAAAAUAAACUGCCACCAUUUUUUACAUUCCAAUUUUGGAUCUACUGGGUGCUUUCGCAGUUUCAGGCGAGGAGACUUGUUGUCGAUGCAUCAUGAACCCUGUGAUGAUAUAUUAAAUGGAUUUUACUAUUCAAAACCAUAAGGCCAGCAUCUGUUACUGCAUUCUUAGACAUAAGCGAAAACCUUCUGUUGGCGAACUCUUCUAAUUUAUGGUUCCAUCACCUUAUUUGAGAUCCUAAAAAUUCAACAAAAAAUUAAACUCUUCAUAUAUUUUAUAAUGAACUGAAACUUUGAAACGUUUCAACUUCUUUACGCAAUCGUUAAAAAUCUCGUUUCAUUCAAUAAGUGUACUUCGUAUCAGUAUUGUAAAUAUAUAUUUUAAGCUUUGGCAUUUUAAUGUAAACCUAAGAUGUUAAUCGUUAUUUAUAAGUUCAUCGCCUUCUAAAUUGCAUUCUUCAGUAAACUGAGGUACAAAUAUUUGUUAAUGGUAUCAUUUUAAGACAUUUCUAAGCAUAAAUAAAUAUUUAAUCUUUCAUUUUAUGAAUAAAUUUACUGGGCAGUCCAUUGGAAUCAUUUUAUUAAAUCUUAAAAGAAAUUGAUAUUUUUACUUUAACUUAUAUAAAGAAAUGUAGCUAUCACAAGUUUUCUUGCUUCAUCCAGAGGCCAGCGAAAUCAAAUUGUGUCCUUGAGACGCCAGAAAAAAGGUAAUAGAUGAAAUAAAAAAGAUGCUAAAGCAUAUGGCGACCUUAUAGCAAUGGAUAUGCUGUCUUUCAAAGUUUGAUAGGAAAUUUUGCUAUGUUUUUAAACCCGAAACAGCAGUGGAAGUAAAAAAAUAAAUUAACCGAAACUAGAAGUUAUGCCCAAACUUAUUUUUGGAAGCCAUCCUAUUUGUUUAUUUCAAGAUCAUUUUGAAUCUUUUAUUUAGUUCUCAAAUUUGAGAAAAGAAUUUAGUAGAUUGCAAAUGUAGGCGAUAGCUCUUUUUUAACAUUAUAUAGGUUUUUUUUUUUUUUUUUUUUAAUUCUGAUAUAUCGUGAAAACAUUUUUUUCUCGUUAUAAGAAAUAAAUUUAAAAAUGAAUCAUUUCGAAAGCUGGGAAAUAUCUCGUCUAUGUGCCAAACAAUAUAGUCGGCACCGGAUGCCAACACUGGUAUUUGUAUAAUUUAUAGUAUCGGAGAUAAAUGAGAACGUUCUAUUUUUUUCAAAGCUGGCGUUGAAUGAUCUGCAUGUACAGGAAUUUAUGUACUUUUGAAGUAUUAUUGAAAGAAUAUCCAUGUAAAGAUAUCUAUGUAUAAAAUUGAAGAGAAAUAUUUUUUAUAUACGUUCUAUUUUAAAAAAUAUUCACUUGUACUAUUUGGAGAAAUCUGGUCAGUCUUGCAGACUGUGUUAUUUUUUUUUUAUUUUUACAUGCAAUACAGCCUACCGUUCUGCAGAAUAGAUGCAACCAGUUGAACGGUAAUAUAUUUUUGAGAGAAUAUUCAAUUUAAUCAUUUUACAGCCGUCUUCUAUAGUAAAUUUCUCAGGUACUUCAGCUUAAUGUGAGAAGAAAAACGUUACUGAUCAGUGCAGCAUCGCUUAUCUGUUCAGAAAGAUUCCCUCUAAAUAUGUGCUUUGCAGAUAUCUCUCAUCUGGUUCAAACGUUAUUAGAUAAUGGAUGCUGUACCCCAAAAUGAUUCAUGUGAACCAUUUGAUCCACUUUUUAUAUUGAUGAAAGCAUUUCUUUCAUGUCUAUUUAAAAUCUAUCACUUCAGUCUUAUUUUUUUCUACUCUUUUCAUAUGGGCAUUAUUUUUACUCUCAUUUGAAGUUCCUUUUAUGGCUAAGUAUUUUCUAAGAUGAACAAAAAAUUAUUUUCGAAAUGAAGGGAAAUUGAUUAUAUAUUUCAUAAAAGAUAAAAUGCUGAUUUCAUUUCUCAAACUAUCAAAGAAAGAUCUUGUUUAUAAUGGCUUCUCAUGCCUUUUACAAAAAUCACAAUUAUUUUAAGCGGCAACUGAUCUAAAUUAAAAAAAAACAAAACAUUCUUACAAAUAUUAAUUUAUAAAGAUGUGUCUGCUCCGAAAGUGAGUUUUUUUUAAAUAACCAACAUAAAAGAGACAAUCCAAAAGAAAAUUGCCUUAUUUAUUAUUUUUAAACACUUUUAGACUAACAAAUGAUAGUUGUGUCAUUAGAUAUCAUUUUUUAAAAAAUUUAUCUUAAUAAAAACUGUUAUCCCACAGAACAAUUUUCUGUUUACUUCACAACCUUCAAUGUUUUAUAUUGCAAGGCAUUUGAAAUGUCUACACCCUGAAAAACUCGCCAAUUUUUUUUUUUUAAUCCAGUAUUAAAUAUCUAUUUAAUAUCACCGUGUAGAAAUACAUGAAAAAUCAGUUCUCCUUAAUGGGCAUUGUAUCGUAUUGCUAAGACUUAGUUUUAGCAAUAAGGCACUUUUUUAUAUUUUAUAUACAUUAUGGAAAAUUUUAGAAUUGAAAGCAUAACUUUCUUUUAAAUUUUAAAAAUGGAGGCAUAAAGAAGAAUUUUAUAUUUUGGAAAUUAAUUUUUAAGUAAAACAUAGGUCAUAUGAAUAAAGCGAGUCGAUGGAUGGUACUUAAUUUUUUUUAUUUCUUUCAUUUAAAAUAAAAUUAAUUCUGGGGCAUUAUUUCGUAGUUCAUAAAUUUCAAUUUUUCUCUCAUCGAAACUUUCAUCUAAUUUAAAUUUUAUAUUUUAAGAUAAGAUGCAUGUUAAUAACUGUGAUUUUAUAUAAAAAUAAUUUAGAGAUAAGAAUUGUUUUUUUAUUUCUAAUCAUUCGAAUGAUUUUACUACUUUUCUAUUCAGAUUAUUUCUUGCGAACCUAAAUUUAAGAUUCAGGAUUUCAAACUCGGGGCACAACUCAUUCUUCAAGAAUUCUAACUCAUUCUUCAUUCAAGAAUCUUAUGACGAAAGUCGCGUGAAAAUCGUGGAUUUUAGAAAUUCAUUUGUUUCUAUUCUUUUUGAUACAUUCCGAUUUCUUUUUGUAAACUAUUAGGAUCUAUUUUAUGGAUAGGAAAUUUAAAUUCUUUGCUUUAUUAAAAUAAAAUAUUCACCAGGAAAAUCGACCCUCGUUAGAAAGAAAAUUGAUUUCCUUCUGUUUAUUUCCUCUAUUACUUAUCAUAUAAUGACUGUUUUUUAAUUUCAUUCAAUAUCUUUACAGUUUUUCUUCUUUCAACUGUCAUUUCCUUAUUACUGAACGAAUUUCAAAGAUGUCUUCAAAAAAAUACGAUCAUUGGUUGUUGCUUCGUUCUUUGUCAAUGGUUCAGAAAAAGACAUUUACUAAUUAUGUAUAGUAUUUAGUGAUCAAAAUGAUGUUUCAAAUAAUAUUAAAAUAUUUACCCCUACUGUGAUUAACACAUUGAUAAGAAUCUUUUUGAGGCUAUUUCAUUUUUUCAUGGAAUAUGGUAUAAAGAGUAAACACUUCCGUUCCCUUGAUAUUCGUCCAAGCGAACAUUAAAAACGUUCGAAAUAUUUGCUGUUUCAAUUUCUUUUGAGAUAUUGUCAUGGCGUUGUUUACAGUAGCAUUCACUUCAUGAGCUUAAGAAAAAAUCUCUUAAACUGCAUUUUAUUCGGAAAUUUUGUUGAAUGUCCAACUUUUAUUGUGAUGUUUCACGCAUGAAUCAAAUCUAAGCAGACAACAUUUUUUAAGAUCAAUAUUCUGACGAAUUUUGAGGAACUUUUGCCUAGUUUUUCUCAUUGAUAAAGUAUCUAUUUAUAUUGCUGUAUUCUUCGUUCAUUCCUUUUUACCUAACUGUUUGUUCAAGUUUUGUAAAGCCUGUUUCCCCAAAACAAGUUGAUUAUUAUGAGAGUAAUUUAUACAUUUAUGAUAUAUUUUGUUAUGAAAGAAAUUAUGUGCAUUACAAAUAAAAGCAUUUUUGACUUCG